UCAGAGUCAGGAUGACAGACUGGCAGAAGAGCGAGUCGGGAACAAAGUCUGUGACUAAAAACGAUGGUUUAACUCUGCUUUUCGGAGUAUGACCGAGAGGUUUUAAAGCCACGGAACACGUUAAUGACCGCCGGGGGUUUCCGUUUUUAAUUUUUUUUAUAUAUUCGAAACAAACUGUGGUUCGGAUUUACAGCGAGAUCGGUAUGUCCUAAUGUUAACAGCGCGAUAUAUUUGGUUUUUCCAAUGGCGUAUGGACCUUUUUUUAAGGCAGAUCUUUUUACAUAUUUGGGGUCAAUGGGGGCCCACCGAUCGAAUCUAUAACCACAUCUAGUCUGUUAAAAAAAACUGCAUUUAAACGGAAUAAAUACACUGAAUAAAUGUGAUAUAGGAGAAUAACACAUUCCAACAUUAUUUCCUGAACGUCUACGUGGUGUAAAAGACAACGACAUAUUAUUUACUUCGGUGAAGCCCUACUGUGGACGGAUUCCAAGAUGACAGGCUCUACCCCCUCGGAAAUGAUUAACCUACGUCUCAUCCUGGUCAGUGGGAAGACGAAAGAGUUCCUGUUCUCCCCCAACGCCUCGGCCGCAGACAUCGCCAAACACGUUUACGACAACUGGCCAAUGGACUGGGAGGAGGAACAGGUCAGCAGUCCUAAUAUCCUGAGGCUCAUCUACCAGGGUCGUUUUCUACAUGGAAACGUCACACUAGGAGCUCUCAAAUUACCCUUGGGAAAAUCCACAGUGAUGCAUUUAGUUGCCAGAGAGACAUUGCCCGAGCCAAACUCCCAAGGUCAGAGAAACAGAGAGAAGACUGGAGAGAGUAACUGCUGUGUCAUCCUGUAAAUACCUCCCUCCCUCUUUAAUCAUCCACCCUGGAUCCAACCAACACACUGGAUGUCCUGUCCUGCAGUCUCUCUAUCAUGCUGACACACACACACACACACACACACACACACACACACACACACACACACACACACACACACACACACACACACACACACACACACACACACACACACACACACACACACACACACACACACACACACACACACACACACACACACACACACACACACACACACACACGGUCUCCUGUGUAUAGAGAAGUUUCUAUCACUUCUGUCCUUAAAUCUUCCACUAGUUCAUGGAUGGAUAAACUACUGUUUUAUUACCCCACCAAGGUUCCAACCAAUGACUGACUAACAAACCAACCAACCAACCAACCAACCACCUUGUUGUUGUUUGGCCAUAAUAACAUGUUGUUGACUGUGUUUUGACAGUCAGUCCUUUCCUCCUUCUGUCAGAUCGCUCAUCCUUCCUGAACUAGGAGAAGAAAGACAGAAUAUCCCUCCUCCAUCUUCCCUUUUCUCCCUGAACGAGGGGACUAGGAACUAGGGGAAAGACAGACAGAAUAUCCCUCCUCCAUCUUCCCUUUUCUCCCUGAACGAGGGGACUAGGAACUAGGGGAAAGACAGACAGAAUAUCCCUCCUCCAUCUUCCAUUUUCUCCCUGAACGAGGAGACUAGGAACUAGGGGAAAGACAGACAGAAUGUCCCUCCUCCAUCUUCCAUUUUCUCGCUGAACGAGGAGACUAGGAACUAGGGGAAAGACAGACAGAAUGUCCCUCCUCCAUCUUCCAUUUUCUCCCUGAACGAGGAGACUAGGAACUAGGGGAAAGACAGACAGAAUGUCCCUCCUCCAUCUUCCAUUUUCUCCCUGAACGAGGAGACUAGGAACUAGGGGAAAGACAGACAGAAUGUCCCUCCUCCAUCUUCCAUUUUCUCCCUGAACGAGGAGACUAGGAACUAGGGGAAAGACAGACAGAAUGUCCCUCCUCCAUCUUCCAUUUUCUCCCUGAACGAGGGGACUAGGAACUAGGGGAAAGACAGACAGAAUAUCCCUCCCUCUCUUUUCUACGACAAAAAAGCGUAGGGUGUCGAUCAAAAACGCCUCUUUUAAUCAUUGGGUAAAAUAAUAUAUUAAUUGUGUAGAUAAUCCUCUAAGAAAACCAAUACUCCAUGUCUCUAUGUCUCUGAGCCGUUUAAAGGUUAUUGCACUUUUUUUUACCAUGAUAGGAUGGUCAGAAUUGGGGCGACAAAAUCAACAGAGGUCAGAGAAACAACAGGGGUCAAAAAAUCCUGAAAAUGUCACAACAUGGUGUCAGCUCGAUGCUGAGAAUGAAGGCAUCUUUCCCCUGGAACUCAUCUUUUCUUUCCCCUUGCAGGACAUAAAACAAAAAUACAAUUCAUAUAGAUAUCUGAUAUCUGUUCAGAGACAUGACAUGUAGUAUUUUCAGAUUUUAGUGUAACGCUUUUCAUAUUCAUUCGAAAUUUUUUCUUCUUUUAAAAAAAUAUAUUUUUUUAGAAGAUUUUUCACAAAACCAAACGAGUCCCCGAAAUACCAAGCUUUUAAAAAAUAUAUAUAUAUAUAGUUUUUACAUUUAUUUCACGUCAAAUUAAUUUUUUCUCGACCUGUAGAAACAACUUGGUAGACGACAACGACCACAAUAUUUUAAAUCCUCAGAAGUUGUUACGAGAAACCUUGCACCUCUAUGUCGGCAGAGUGCUUAUUAUCGGGUGGAUUAGGCUACGAAAUCAGACUUUAAAAAUUAAUAUAAAUAUAUAUAUAUAUAUAUAAUAAUGAGCAAUUCAGAACAUGAAUAAUCAUAUUUGUCCUAGUAAAAUGUAUUUUAUAACAUAAGGAAGUGAAAUUUAAUUUCAAAUUAUCAAAAAGCGUGUUCGGACACUCUUCAUAGUGUAGUUAUCAGUCUUGAAGUCUACGAGGUAAAGAAACCAAUCUGGAAUAAAGAGUUAUUUUCUUCCAAAUCUCCUUUCUCCCUCCCUCCUCUCUUCUUCAGCCAUUUUUGAAUGCAUGUGCCUCCUUAACCUUUGACCCCCAGCCAUCCCCCCGCCCCAGUAACCUCUGACCCCCGCCAUCCCCCCGCCCCAGUAACCUCUGACCCCCCGCCGCCCACCACAUCAAAAACCUGUAAAAAGAAAAUGUUAUUCUAUUUUAUAUUUUUCCAAUGGGAAUAAUAUAAAAAAAUAUAUAAAAAGAAGUUACCAUAUGUGUAGAAUAUAUUUAAUAUGAAUGUUAUAUUGAACAAGUUGAGGCCAAUAGAUCCAGUAUGUUGAUACAGUAUCUUAGUGUCUGUGUGUACACCAUGGGUUAGCUAGCUAGCUUUAGACAGUGGUUCAAACUGUUACCUUGGUGACAGGGUCUGUGUCUCCCCCCCCCUCCCUCUGAUUGGCUCCCGUUUUCCAUAUAUAGUGCACUACUUUCAACUGUGGCCCAUAUAACCUGUGAUAGGCUAUAGCGUCCUGUCCAGGGGGUGUACUUGUACAUCAAGCUACCUCACGCUCCUCCUGUCUUAUGGGCUUUUCUAGCUCAGACAUGGCUACUUACAGACAUAGGGCCGGGGUCCAAAGUAGUGCACCAUUUAGGGGAAAUAAGGUGCCAAUUUAGGACGCAGCCAACAUACUGUAUUUCAAGCAGCAGAACAGAACCAUCCUCCUAAUCAUUGACGUACACAAUUAUUGUAAACAUGUUAUACUUCUCAUAUGUUUUUUUAUUUUUAUUUUUCAAAUGUUCAUAGUUUAAUAUAAUCCUUAUUUUUAUUUUGUAAUUUUUUUUUUGCUUUCUUGCAGCACUAGGUCUUAAAGGAUUACGUCCCAAAUUGUAUCAUAUUUCCCUGCAUAGUGCACUACCCAUAUGGCUCUGGUCAAAAGUAGUGCACUUUUGUAGGUGAUUAGGAUGCGAUUUGGGACGUAAGCCCAAAGAGUAUAGUUUCUCAGCAAUCAGAGUUUCAAGCUUGUACAGUGAUAAUAUUAAAAAUCAUUUUUCAAACGGAUUGUAAAUAAUAGUAAUCUAAAUGCUUCUUCUCUCUUGACCCCUCUUCUUCACAUGGAAUACAUACAUCUUUUAAACAAAUAAAGAUGAUUGAAAGUG